AUGGACAAGAUCCCGCUCAACUACGAGGCGUCCGAGGGAGACACGCACAAGCGCCAGACGAGCACUUUGCCCACCGAGGUGGUUCAAUGCCUCGAGAAUGCUCGAUUUCUUCACCUGGCCACUUGCACGGACAACGUGCCCAACGUGUCCCUCAUGAACUACACCUACCUGCCCUCGUCGCCCUACUCCGACUCUCCCGUCAUCAUCAUGACCACCAACCCGGCCUCGCGCAAGACGACCAACAUCAUCGCCAACCCAAAUGUUUCUCUCCUCGUGCACGACUGGAUCUCCCACCGUCCUCCAACCCAAGGCCGUCGCAUGUCCGGCGGCUCCCCCACCCCCGAAACCCGCUCCAGCCUCGCCGCCCUCCUCCUCAACCUAAACACCUCCGCCGUGUCCAGCAUCAGCGCAACGAUAGGAGGCGCCGCGCGGAUAGCCCCCAUCGGCUCCGAGGAGGAAAAAUUCUACGUCGCGCAGCACCUCGAGAACAAUACCUUUGAGGAGGAGGGCACGCCGCUGUUCCAGCCGGUGUCGAAUACCCCAGCAGAUGAUAGUAACCGCGGCGAGAAUGAUCCGAGCGGGCAUUUCGUGGCUGGCGAGGAGGUGCGUGUCAUUGUGGUCGAUAUUCGCAACGUGAGGAUUAGCGAUUGGAAGGGUACGGUGAGGGAUUGGGAGUUGACGGCGGAUGCGCCGCUGCUUAACGGAGGUGCUUGA